GAUUUAUGUGGGCAUCAUUCAUGUGACACCCUGGGAAUGGCAGACGUUGGGACCAUAUGUUCUCCGGAGCGCAGCUGUGCUGUGAUUGAAGAUGAUGGCCUCCACGCAGCUUUCACUGUGGCUCAUGAAAUUGGACAUCUACUUGGCCUCUCUCAUGAUGAUUCCAAAUUCUGCGAAGAGAACUUUGGUUCCACAGAAGACAAGCGUUUAAUGUCUUCCAUCCUCACCAGCAUUGAUGCAUCCAAGCCCUGGUCCAAAUGUACUUCAGCCACUAUCACGGAAUUCCUGGAUGAUGGUCAUGGAAACUGUUUGUUAGACCUACCACGGAAGCAGAUUCUGGGCCCUGAGGAGCUCCCAGGACAGACCUAUGAUGCCACCCAGCAAUGUAACUUGACAUUUGGGCCUGAAUACUCUGUGUGCCCUGGCAUGGAUGUCUGUGCCCGGCUGUGGUGUGCUGUGGUACGCCAAGGCCAAAUGGUGUGUCUGACCAAGAAGCUGCCUGCAGUGGAGGGCACACCCUGUGGGAAGGGCAGAAUCUGCCUCCAGGGCAAAUGUGUGGACAAAACUAAGAAAAAGUAUUACUCGACCUCAAGCCAUGGAAACUGGGGCUCCUGGGGCCCCUGGGGCCAGUGUUCUCGGUCAUGUGGGGGAGGGGUGCAGUUCGCCUACCGCCUUUGCAAUAACCCUGCACCUCGGAACAGCGGCCGCUACUGCACCGGGAAGAGGGCCAUCUACCGCUCCUGCAGCGUCACACCCUGCCCACCUAAUGGUAAAUCAUUUCGUCAUGAGCAAUGUGAAGCCAAAAAUGGCUACCAGUCUGAUGCCAAAGGAGUCAAAACAUUUGUGGAAUGGGUUCCCAAGUAUGCAGGUGUCUUGCCAGCAGACGUAUGCAAGCUUACCUGCAGAGCCAAGGGCACUGGCUACUAUGUGGUCUUUUCUCCAAAGGUUACAGAUGGGACUGAAUGUCGGCCAUACAGCAACUCUGUGUGUGUCCGAGGAAGGUGCGUGAGAACUGGCUGUGAUGGCAUCAUUGGUUCAAAGCUGCAGUAUGACAAGUGUGGAGUGUGUGGAGGAGACAACUCCAGCUGUACAAAGGUUAUUGGGACCUUCAACAAGAAAAGUAAGGGUUAUACUGAUGUUGUGAGGAUCCCUGAAGGAGCAACCCACAUAAAAGUCCGCCAGUUCAAGGCCAAAGACCAGACUAGAUUCACUGCUUACUUAGCUCUAAAGAAGAAAUCUGGCGAGUACCUUAUCAAUGGCAAGUACAUGAUCUCCACUUCAGAGACGAUCAUAGAUAUCAAUGGCACAGUCAUGAACUACAGCGGAUGGAGCCACAGAGAUGAUUUUUUGCAUGGGAUGGGCUAUUCAGCCACAAAAGAAAUUCUGAUAGUGCAGAUCCUGGCAACAGAUCCAACGAAAGCACUAGAUGUCCGCUAUAGCUUCUUUGUUCCCAAGAAGUCCACUCAGAACGUAAACUCUGUCAUUAGCCAUGGCAGCAACAAAGUGGGAGUACAUACCCCACAGCUGCAGUGGGUGACAGGUCCAUGGCUGGCCUGCUCUAGGACCUGUGACACGGGCUGGCACACCAGAACCGUGCAGUGCCAGGAUGGAAAUCGGAAAUUAGCAAAGGGAUGCAUUCUCUCUCAAAGGCCUUCUGCAUUUAAGCAAUGUUUGCUGAAGAAAUGUUAGCCUGUGGUUUGCUCUCAUGCACAAAGAUAACUGGAGGAUGAUCGUAGAUACAGUUGUGGUGAAGACAAGGCCUACGAAAAGCACAAAAAGGCGGUCCUCCACGUCAUUGUCACCAGGAGUCAAAUUAUGGGCAGAAUCUGUUCUUUGUGACCAAAAAAUGUGUACCACUUAACAUCAUGCUGGUGACCUUCAAAAACAGAAAACAUGGGAGCUAUGGAACAUCUUUGGGCUUACACAAAGGAGACACACAAUGAUGAAUGUAGAAUCGGGGACAUUUGAAGAUGGCAGAGAAGUCUUGUCACCUACCUCUUACAGAAUGUCUUCAAAGGCAUCAUGAUCAUGUUCAGCCAUGACAUACAGUUUAUUUUUACUGUCUGUAAAUGCAUCCAUUCUUGGAAUGUCACUUUAUAUACUUGGUUCUAUUAAUAUAUAUACAUAUGUAUAUUUCAAUAACAAAGUAUUUGACCAAAGUAGGUCUGCAGCUAUUUCAUCUAUUAGUUUCCAGAAAGAGCUGUGGAAGAUUUACUGGAAAUUAAGAACUUGCUGCUGUUAAUUAAGAUUUUGUAAAUUGUCAGUCUGCAGGACAUAACAUUUCA